AGAGCGUUGAGGGGAAAGGGGAGGGGGCGGGCGCGCGAGACGGCUUCUCUCUCUCUUUCAGCGUCUCAUUCGCAAGAUGGCGGAAGCUGCAAACUGCAUCAUGGAGAAUUUUGUAACCACGCUGGCUAAUGGGAUGAGCCUGCAGACUCCGCUAGAAGAUGUAACUCCCCACUCGUGGGGGCAGUCGGGGGGUAGCGCAGUCCAGGAGGUCUCAUGUACCACCCAGCCGGAAAGCAGCGGAAAGCCGACAGCAGAGGAGAUGACCUCCAAGGAUUACUAUUUUGAUUCUUACGCCCACUUCGGGAUCCACGAGGAAAUGCUGAAAGAUGAGGUGCGCACACUGACCUACAGAAAUUCCAUGUUUCACAAUCGACACCUCUUCAAAGACAAAGUGGUUCUGGAUGUUGGCAGUGGAACUGGGAUCCUCUGCAUGUUUGCAGCCAAGGCUGGUGCCAAGCGGGUCAUUGGGAUUGAGUGCUCCAGUAUCUCCGACUAUGCCGUGAAAAUUGUGAAAGCCAAUAAACUUGAUCAUGUGGUCUCCAUCAUCAAGGGCAAAGUGGAGGAAGUGGAGCUGCCUGUGGAGAAGGUUGACAUAAUCAUCAGUGAAUGGAUGGGCUACUGCCUCUUCUAUGAGUCCAUGCUCAAUACUGUCAUCUAUGCCAGGGACAAGUGGCUGACUCCUGAUGGGCUCAUAUUUCCAGACCGUGCUACACUGUACAUCACAGCUAUUGAAGACCGGCAGUACAAAGAUUACAAAAUCCACUGGUGGGAAAACGUGUACGGUUUUGACAUGUCAUGCAUCAAAGAUGUGGCUAUCAAAGAGCCACUCGUGGAUGUCGUUGACCCGAAGCAGUUGGUCACCAAUGCCUGCCUCAUCAAGGAGGUGGAUAUCUACACAGUGAAGGUGGAGGACCUCACCUUCACAUCGCCCUUCUGUCUCCAGGUGAAGCGGAAUGACUAUAUCCAUGCCUUGGUCGCCUAUUUCAACAUAGAGUUCACCCGUUGCCACAAGCGCACUGGAUUCUCCACCAGUCCAGAAUCUCCAUAUACCCACUGGAAGCAGACUGUCUUUUAUAUGGAGGACUACCUAACAGUGAAGACAGGAGAGGAGAUAUUUGGCACCAUUGGCAUGAAACCCAAUGCCAAAAACAAUCGAGAUCUGGACUUCACCAUCGACCUGGACUUCAAGGGCCAGUUGUGUGAGCUCUCCUGUUCAACGGAUUACCGGAUGCGUUAGCCCAUCGGCCCCGUCGCCCGUUGUUUUUUUCCUUCCUCCUCCGGCCAGCCUUGCGCCCAGAGCUAACUCUCCCUCUUGUCUUCUUCCGUUGACGUAUCAUUAACCCAUUUCAUUGUGUAGUUCCCCGUUGCUGCAACUCUGGGCCAGCAAGGAGAGGAUCAGUAUUAGAGGCUUAGGGGGAGAUGGAAGUAGCCAAGAGCCCCACGAAUCCAUUGCCCCUCAUUUCCAGCUCCCUCCUCCCCCAACCAGGAACGGGGGCUUUUAGCACAACUGAAGAUGCAUAACGUGGUUAGUCCAUCCGUCCGUUUGUCCUGAGGCCUGAGUGCCGACUGCGGACUUCCAUAACGAGUUUUUAUUAUUUUUGUUAGAUGAAAUCAUUGUUGGUCUCCUCUGCCAAACUGGAUUGUCUAGAAUUAUUCUCCCUCCCAUAUUGUUUUCGGAGUAAUUCUGCUCUACGUCUACUCUUCUGUCUAGAGCAAAAAUGCUGCUCGGGCUUUUUGGGGUUCACACCUCUAUCCAGUGUUCAGUCAAGGGGCAGGGCGAGGGAAUGGGAAUCCCAACUGGUUUAUAUUAAAAGAGCACGAUUGUUCUUUUGGGGGGUGGGCGGGUGCGUGGGUGGGUGGGAGGGGGCGGCAUCUCCAUUUUGUGGGUGUUGUUUUUUUCACUAAUAGUUUUGUACUUCUCCCUCUCAAAUUGCCUGUUUGGAUGUGUGGGGUGGGAGUGUUUUUUUUUUCAGUCCCCUGCCCUUUGAGAGCUGACAUCGUGUGACUUUCAUAACUUAUGGUUUUUAUAUGGUUACAUUCAUGAGGAAAAAAAAUAAAGAGGUUGAAACCA